GAUUUGACUGUGAUUGGUCAAUUUCUUGCUUCUGACUUCUGAUUUAUUAUUAAUAUCUUAUUGUAAGACAGCCCUUAAUUGUAUAGCAGUUGGAACAUUAGGUUUUCUGCAAUCGAUUGAUUAGCAGUAAAAGUUAUUAUAAAUAAAAACGCCUGAAAACGCAUAUUUUCACAGUUUUGUGAAAAUAUACGGUAUUAUUACGCACAAUACAUAAAAUCAAUUAAUAUAAUAUUCUUCAGUUUGCUGUCUAAAAUUGUAUUUUGUUAGUCAACAUGAAUAUUUUAAAGACUUUGAUUCCUGCAAGACAAGUAUAUCUUCGCAGAUUGUACUCUUCAGGGUCAAAACUUGUUGAGACUGUGCAAGAUAAUGAUACAGGAAUCAGCAUUAUAUCAAUGGCAAGAGCACCUGUUAACAGUUUGAACACCAAUUUAUUAAAUUCACUGAGAACAUCAUUAUUAGAAGCUCAAAGCAAUCGUAGCAAAGGUGUUGUACUGACAUCAUCUUUACCAACCAUAUUCUCAGCAGGAUUGGAUAUCAUGGAAAUGCAAACAGAAGAUAAACAAAAACUUACAGAAUUUUGGCAUACUUUACAGGACACUUGGUUGACUCUAUACAGCCUUAGUAUUCCUGUUGCUACUGCUAUAAAUGGUGCCAGUCCUGCUGGAGGCUGCUUACUGGCAAUUACUACGGAAUAUAGAGUUUUUGUCGAAGGAAAGCACACUCUAGGAUUAAACGAAACGCAAUUGGGUAUGUGUGCUCCAAAAUGGUUCAAGGAUCCGUACAUUUCAUUGUUGGGUUAUCGACAAGCCGAACUGGCACUUUUAAGGGGAUUGCUGUUUAAACCUGAAAAAGCUUUGCAACUUGGUCUAGUUGAUGAACUUGCUAAAGAUAAGGCUGAUGCAAUUGAAAAAUGCAAAAAAUACAUAUUGUCUUAUGAUAAUAUACCAGAUGUGGGGAGAACUGCAACCAAGUUAGAAAUACGAAGUGAUUUAAUUAAGUACAUGAAGGAAAACAAAGAAGAAGAUUUGAAGAACUUUAUAAAUAAUGUGACGUUACCACAAGUACAAGCUAGUAUUAAACUAUACAUUAAAUAUUUGAAGCAAAAACAGUAAUAGAGAUAUUUUAAUAUAAAUUGAUGAUAAAACUUUUAUAUAAAUC